UGUCUGUUCUCACUUUGAAGUGUACAUCAGAGUUGAAUUUAUCCCUUUUGGAACGCACCCCGUCUGCUGCGGUCACGUGACGUUCCGAUGCGCAGCACUGGAUUAUCAUCCGGGUAGAAACCGAAGGGAAAAAUGGCCGAGAAGAAAGACGCUGAAACCUUUGAUGUUCUGGAACUGGCAGAACACGUCAAGAAACAAAGAUGGUGGAACAAAGUAUUUGGCAAAGAUAACUCUGGACCGGCUGCUGAGAAAUACUCUGUUGCAACACAGCUGGCCAUUGGAGGAGUGACUGGCUGGUGUGCAGGGUACUUGUUUCAGAAAGUUGGGAAGCUUGCUGCCUCAGCUGUAGGUGGUGGAUUCUUUAUGCUCCAGAUUGCUCAUCACACCGGCUACAUAACAGUUGACUGGAAGAGAGUGGAACAAGAUGUGAACAAAGCCAAGAAACAACUGAAACUGAAUUCAGAAAGAACACCCAAAGAAGUGAGAAGUAAAUGUAAUGAGGUGCAGGUAUUUGUCAAGAAAAACAUUGUUCUUACCGGGGGCUUUGCUGGUGGAUUUCUGCUUGGUCUGGCUUCAUAGAAGCUCUCUCUCUACCUUUAUGUCUUAUGCUAUAAUAAGCAUAUACAGUAUAGACUACACAUACAACAGAUUACAGCUUUAAAGUUGUGUUAUUGCAAUCUGUAUUAAACUUGGCACUCCUUUUAGUCUGGGCUCAACGUAACUUAAAGUUUAGGUGUAUUAUGAAGUGUUCAUCAGAAACAUUAAGCAUGCAGGAAUGUGACUUUUUGGACAGCGUUGUUUUUUCUAUUUGUUCCUGUUAGCUUUUAUUUGAGCAUUUUGCACUAUGUUUUAGUGCAAACCAUUCUUUAAAUUACUAUUUUUGUUUCAAAUGUAAAUAGAGUGAAGUUACACCUUAAAUUAAUAUUUGAACUUAAAAAUAUGAUGCAUAGAGAGAAAAGUGCAUUUAAACCUGAAUGAAGUCCUCUGUGCAGUCAUUGUUAUUUAUUAAAAGCAAAGGGUUAUAUGAAGUUAUUUUCUUUGUUCAAUUUUGAUGUGCAGUUCAUAGGGCUCUCUAUACAAUCCCUGAUGUAUUUUCAAUCUCAAAAAAACCCAAAUUGUUCUGAUUGGUGUUCAGUGUCUGAUCAUGAAAUAUGAACCGAAGUAACUACAAUAUAUUCAUAAAUGCUCUUAUGAUUUACAGUAUGUGUCACUAUAAACUGUAUUACUGUGUAUAAUAAAUAAUGGCACCUAAAGGGGGCUGAUUUA